AUGGCCACGGACGGCGAGGUCAUGACCUGUCCGUUCUGCGGCUUCCGCUCCGUCGCUGGCGAGUAUGAGAUGUUGCUGCACAUGGAGACCCUGCACGCGGAAGGCAAGUCGCCUUUCAUUGCGGACAGCGGGCCGCAGCAGGAGCUGCUACCGGACCAGGACCAGGACCAGGAUCAGGACGGCGAGGACCAGUACGCAGAGUGUCCCGUUGAGGGCUGCGGCGAGGUCCUGCUUGUCGACGAGCUCGACUACCAUCUUGAGCUGCACGACGAGGAGUCGGAUGCCGGCGCCGCGGCCGAGGCGAGCGAGCAGCCGGUGCCGCCGCCCAGAGACGAGCACCCCCGGGCAUCGCGGAGGGCGGCGGAGCGAGAGCGGCAGCACGGCCGGACCUCGGUGACGAAGCGGAAUGAGGGCGCCAUCCAAACAUGGAAGAAGCUGUUUGGCGUGCCGGCCACCAAGGCGCGGUCCGAGACUACGACUGAGGGCGCUGGUAGUAAGGAGGGACCGCGGAAACGACUUGGAAAAGCCGAGCUCGGCAAAUAUGCACAUGAGCAGCGUAUGCCGGAAUGGCUGCAUGUAUCCAAGCUACGACGUGAAGGCGGCUUCUGUGGAUAUCGAAACAUCCAGAUGCUGUCCUCAUUUAUUGUCGGCACCAAUUUUGAAGGCGCUGACCACUUCAAUGGCAAUUUGCCUUCGAUAUUCGACAUACAAGACUUCAUUGAGGAGGCUUGGGAUCGCGGCAUCAACUCUCAGGGUCGAGUAGAGACGGGUGGGGUUAAGGGCACACGGAAGUACAUCGGUACUCCAGAAGCACAAGCGAUGCUCAUCAGUCUACAAGUACCAUGCGACGCUCAGGGGUUCAAGAACAAGGAGCCCGGAAGGUCAGAAGAGCUCCUCCUGCAAGAAGUCGAGCGCUAUUUCCAGUCCUCCAUAUUCGACCCCGAGAAGAAGGUGCGGUGCACCAGCAUGCCCCCUAUCUACUUCCAGCACGCCGGCCACUCGAUGACCAUUAUUGGGUUUGAGAGGUUGCAGAACGGCCAGGCGAACCUACUUGUUUUCGACCCCAUGUUUCGCGAUAACAGCGCAAUCACGAGGCUAGUAGGAAAGAAGUUUGAGUCCAGAGCCCCCGACAUUCUCUUGAAGCCUUACAGGAGAGGGAGCAAGUAUCUUGGCAAAUAUCGUGAGUUCGAGCUCUUGAGGUAA